GUAAUUACUGACAUCUUUUCAUUUAGUAAACUUUCAACAAAAACAAACAAAGAGUACAAGAAACCCGAAGGCAGACAUCAAGGUCUCCGAAAAUCGAUUGCCUCUAGUGUUGCGCGGUUUAGGACACAAUUGGUUCCCCCUGGCACUCCACAUUCAUCAAGGAAAGGAACCCUUUUCCCGCAUCUACACCUGGAAAAAAAACUAAAGCUCAGAAAAAUGCAAGGCUUUUGGAUCCUGCUGUUAGCUGUUUAUGCUACGUUCUGCAGUGCUGCUAACACUAACCUACCUAAGACCCAUCAUGAGAAGCUGAUGUUCGGAGAUCAGCUUAGUAUCUGGCUGCCGGUUGAGGCUCAGACUUUGGAGUUUAUCUCUGCGACUACAUCACAGAAGAAUGUUCUUUGGUCCAGAUCUUCCAUAACUAAAAGGGGAAUAAUAACGGGAAGAGAUUCUACCAGAAAAUUUGUAAUUCUUUCUGUCACAUUUGAUGAUCAGGGAACCUACACUUUGUUUAACUUCUGGAACACAAAGAUUUCCAUCCAUUUAUUGAAGGUUUCAGCUAAAAGAGAGAGCCAGUAUCGUGUUCCUGGUGAAACCUUAAGGAUUUCCCUGGGUAAUCUUUCGAAGAAUGAUGCCACACUACAUUUUUUAAAUGAAGAUUUUAAUCUCACUCUGGUGGAUCACGGUUUACCUGUGGCCAACUUAAAUCCAGAGUACAUGGGACGGAUCCGGGUGACUAGCAACAGCAUCGAGGUGCUCAAUGUCAAUGUGUCUGAUGUGGGCAACUACACACUCAGCGAUCGUCUAAAUCACAAAGUCAAGAUCAUCUCUAUGCACUUGGUUGAUCAUCACGUGGGAGUGAAUGUAGGUCCCUUCAUGGGUCUGCUGAUGUUGCUUGGUAUUCCACCCUGUAUUUUCUGUUGCUGCAGAAAGAAGGUCUGCAGAAAGAGCAGCCAACCCACUACCACUGCCGUAAACACCACCACCGUGACGUACGACAAUCAAAUUCAUCCACCUGGACCUCCACCAACCUACACCAACCCCGCAGCUCCUGCAGGCCCUACACCGGGCUAUACACCUGGUUACCCUGUGGGUACUUUUCCUCCUCCUAAUCCCACAUUUCCUCCUCAACCACCCUAUGGUGGAUAUCCUGCUACAUCGCCAGCUAUGCCCCCUGACCCUGCCUUUAACCCUGGAUACCCUCCUGCAUCUAGCUUACCUGCAGCUCAGCCUCCUCAGUGGGGUGGUGCUCCCUACAACCAACCUACUCCGGCUGGUUUUGCUCCAGUGAUGUAUAAUGCUCCUGCUGGCCCUGAUCCAGUCAAAGGGGAAAUAACUGCAACGACUCCACUACUCGCACCUCCACAGCCUGAGGUGGUACAGCCUUCAGCCCCAUAUACUGGCCCUAAUGACUCUGCUGUCCAAUUCAACAUAAACAUGGGAAAGGACUCGAGCUCUAACUUCCUGUAGAUUCUGUAAAUGUAUCCAUCAAUGGAUAAAAAAAAUUAGUCAUUCUUUAAUUAGUAAAAAAAAAUGUAGGCAAUUAAUUUACUGUGGUGUAAGGGAAAUUAAAAUUGUUGGUUAUUUUCCUAUAACAGUAUGCCCCAUUUAUGUUUUAUUCCUGUACAAGCCCGUUCUAGUCAUGUUGAUAUUAUUCAUGUUUAGGCACCAUGUUGGCGCGUAAUGUUGCUAGGAGUUUAUUAAUGUAGAAGGUCUUUUAUCACUAUUGAUAUUUACAAAAAUAUGUACUAAAGAUAUAACAAUGUACUUACCCAAGUCUAAUCUGUCUGUAAAAUUGCAGGUGCAAGACAAUUUUAUACAAAAUUGGCUGUUUGAACUGCUAUUUCAGUUCUGUGGAAUGCCAUUUUUGUUGUUUGUUUUAUGCCUGUAUCUUUUUGUGCACACUGUAAAAACAAGCACAUAUAUUAACCAAAGAAAUAAAAACAUGAAACAUA